AUGAUUAAGGAUGAUCGGGGAAGACACUUGGACUUUCGCUCCUUACCUGAUCCGGGGGACAGGUUCGGGCUGGAGAAGGUGAUAGCCACGGGGACUUACGGCGAGGUGUUUGAAGCAAUAGACAAGGAGAAUGACAACAAGCGCGUGGCCAUUAAGGUGGUGGAGAACAUCAAGGAAAAUCUGGAGGAGGUGGAGGAGGAGCAUCGGGUCUUGGCGCAGCUGAGUCUUCAUGAGAAUUUCCCAGCAUUCCACGGGGACCUUCCUGAAGAAAGCUGGGAACCUGAAGAUCACCAGCUGUGGUUCGUUAUGGAGCUCGUCAAGAUGGGGUCCGUGGCAGAAUUGGCUCAAGCUUACAAGAAAAAAGACGAAAGAAUGCCAGAAGAUUUGAUUGCUUACAUCCUGCAGAACAUCAUCAAGGCAGUCCAGCACCUCCACCAGGAACACGUCAUGUACAGAGAUGUGAAGGGAAUGAACGUUCUUAUCACCGAAGAGGGGAACAUCAAGCUGGUAGACUUUGGCCAGUGUGCCCAUUUGGACUCUACAAUGGGCAAGCGCAACACGGCAGUCGGCACGCCUUAUUGGAUGGCGCCCGAGGUGAUUGAGUGUGAACAGAAACAAGAUGUGGACUAUGAUAACAGAUGUGAUGUGUGGGCGCUGGGCAUCACGGCCAUAGAGUUAGGGGACGGCGCCCCCCCUAACGCUGACGUGCACCCUGUUCGCGCCCUCUUCCAGAUAGUGCGCAAUCCGCCCCCCACACUCAAGCGUCAUUCUGAUUGGACACAAGAAUACAACGAUUUUAUUGCUGAGUGCCUGGUGAAGACUCCUGACCACCGCCCCGUAAUGGUAGAGGUCCUGGAACAUCCCUUCAUCACUUCUGUGCCUGAGGACCCUACGGAGGUGAAGAAGAAGCUAGUGGAAGAACACAAGAGACUGUUCACGCCAGACUACCAGAAGGAGAGGCCCAUGACAGGCAUCGCAAGGCAGGGGUACCUCAAGACUGAACGCCGCGGUAUUGCCAAGAAGAUGGUGGUGGAUGACUUGGCCAGCCUGGAGGUGUUCAAUGACGAGGUGGUGAUGGAUACAUUAUACUCUCGGUGGAAGAAAGGGAAGAUAUACACGUGGGUGGCUGACGUCUUGCUGGCGGUCAACCCUUUCAGCAUGAAGGCUAAAUAUGACGAGGAGACACAAGUAAAGUACAAAUCAAAAACAAGAAGCCAGAACGACCCACACGUGUUUGCCAUCGCUGACCGCGCUCACCAAGACAUGAUGCACAAUAAGGAACACCAAACCAUCGUAUUGUCCGGGGAGUCUGGCAGCGGCAAGACCUUUUCCUUCCAUCAGGUUGUCAGUCAGGCUGUGUCACAUUGGCAUGGUGAGUCUAGCAAUCCAGGCCUUAUCGACAAAAUCAAGAAGGUGUGUGUGAUUUUGGACGCCUUUGGGAACGCCGUCACACAGCUUAACAGUGACUCCACCCGUCACGCCCGUUAUUUCGACAUCACCUUCUCCAAAACGGGCAAGGUGUCAGGGGCUCUUGUGUGGCUGAUGAUGCUGGACAAAUACAGGGUCACGGAGAGAGGCAGAAACGAGGGUAACUUUCAUAUUUUCUACUACCUCUACGAUGGACUGUCUCAGAGCUCCCGCCUUGCACGCUACGGCCCUCAAGUUGGGACGCAAGUAUCAUUUCCUCGCCAAGUGGUUGGCUUCACGGAGAGGGAGUUGCACACGCUGUACCUGAUUCUGGCUUCGAUUCUCAUCCUUGGAAAUGUUGAGUUUAAAGGAGAUCAGGAGGCCGCCAUUGCAGAUAAGGAGCCCGUCACUGAAGUGUGCCGCCUUCUGGACAUUGAGGAGAAGAAAUUAUGUUGGGCUUUAUGUAACUACUGCCUAGUGAAGCCUGACCAGAGUGUGGAGCAGGCCAAGAAGACACAGGAGGAGGCGGAGCUGGGGAGAGACGCGCUGGCCAGGACUUUAUUCACAAGAUUGGUGGAUUGGCUUAUCAAUCUCAUUAACACCAAACUCACGGUCACCAGGCUUGUCUUCGGCGAUCCUUACGCUAUCGGGGUUCUGGACAUGUUUGGGUUUGAGGCGAAUGAUUACAACACUCUGGAGAACCUUCUGGUCAACGUAGCCAAUGAACAAGUGCAGUAUUUUUAUAACCAGUAUAUAUUUAACUGGGAGAUGCAAGACUACUCUGAAGAAGGCAUUCCCGUCAAGAGCUUUACCUUCCCAGACAACAGACACAUUCUGGAGAUGUUUCUGGGCAAGAGUCACGGCUUAUUUGCCCUGAUGGAAGAGGACAGCAGAGAGACGGACGGCAACGACUCCUCUUUGUCUUACAAGCUGAAACAGAGGGCGGGCAACAAACAGCUACAGGCAGUUUCAGAUUACACCUUUGCGAUCGCUCAUUACGUAGGAAGAGUGAAAUACGACAUUUGUGGAUUCGUUGAGAAGAACAGAGACCAAGUAUCCCCUGAGCUGAUCCAGACACUGCGCAAGUCAGCCAACGAACACCUGCGCACGAUGUUCUGUAAUAAGCUGACGAAGACUGGCAAUCUCACCAUCGAGGGGGAGGACACGAAGAAGGGGAAGGGCACCCCACAACCUGCUGGAAAGAAGAACUCAAGGCGCUUCAACACCAAGUCCAAGGGCAGAAUCUCUCAAACCAGACACCCGCAAACCCUUGGCAUGAACUUCCGCUACUCCUUGAUUGAGCUGCUUUACAAACUGACCAACUCCCAACCUCACUUCAUCCGCUGCUUCAGGUCAAACAUGGACAAUUCCGGCACCAUUUUCGACCGCGACAUGAUCAAGCACCAAGUGAAAUACCACGCCGUCUGCGACACAGUGGCCAUCAGGCAGCAAGGCUUCUCCCACAGGAUCCCCUAUCAGGAGUUCUUGAGAAGGUACCAGUUUCUUGCGUUUGAGUUCGAUGAGACGGUAGAUGUGACGAAGGACAAUGCUCGCCUCCUGCUGGUGCGCCUCAAGAUGGAAGGCUGGGCUAUUGGCAAAGAUAAAGUGUUUCUCAAGUACUACAACGAGGAGUUUCUGUCUAAACUUUACGAGACGAGUGUGAAGAAGAUAGUGAAAAUUCAGGCAAUGAUGAGGGCGUACAUGCAGAGGAAGAAGAAGAAGAAGGAUGCGGUGAAAGAGGAGAAAAAGAAGCCAAUGAGAGAGAUGACACAGGAAGAGGCGGCGACUAAGAUACAAAGCAACUUCCGGGGCUUCAAGGCGCGGCAGGAGAACCCAGAAGUUGCCAAAAAGAUCAGAGAGAGGAGGAGAUUUGGCGAAGCCACGGUGGAGGGCGAGGCGGCGCGGUACGUGCAGCACUACUUCCGCCGCUGGAAAAUGCGAACCCUUUUCCAGCAGCUUCAGAUAUACAGAGCUGAAAAACAACAGCAGCUUGUGUAUUUCUCCCAGCAGGUACAUCUCUACGGGCAGGAGGUGCAGGCUAAGGAGCAGAGGUACAACUUGCGCAUCGACCUUGGCCACGUGAGGAACGAGGCUCCGGGAACACACCAGAAGAUUUUACAGAGGGAGAGAAUGCCUGCACCUAAAUUAGCACUGGACCAUAUGAUUAAUGCUUACUUUGAUACGACCUACCUGUGUGACCCGAGUAGGGCUAGGAAGGGCAGGCAGCAGGACGAUGACUGGGAGGCACCUUUCAAGUCCCGGGCGGCCUCGAGCAGGGCUGCCAACAUGGGCCUGACAGAUGAAGCAGGAGGACCAGGGCGCAGGGACAUUGGAGGGGCAGGACACACGCCCAUGGAUGUACGCUCCAGGACUGCCAUGUUUGACCAGGGCCAGAACAACAACUCCUCUUAUAACUACAAGCCGGAGGGCGCGUCAGGCUACAACAGGUUCGCAGGGAGCAGCAACAACAAACCAGCAUCGAACUACAACCGUUUUGCAGGAUCGAGCUCUCCAAAGACUCCUGGAUCCUACAAUUUGCCCACCCCAAGCUACCUGAAGGCCUCCCCCACCCCGUCUGUGCCUGUCACUUCCUGGAGCGAUAGAGAACACAAUGGAUACAGCGGCAACACCACACCAGACGAGGCGGAUCAAGGAACACACGACUUCAGGAAACACCUACGAAAGACCAGCAACCGCCCAGACCACCUUCGGGAAAUGACAGAUAGAGCAGGAACCAACAGUGAGGGCGUGUUUAACUUCCAGGGCAUGUUGCGAAAAACAGGACACUCGCGGCAGAGCAUGAAGCGAGGCGAGGGUGACCAAGCGAAUGGUGGUGAGGUGUGCACGUCUCCCACUCUUUACGAGGAGACGGAGGAGGCUAUGCUGUAGUGGUGGUGCGUGGUGGUGAUGUGGUGGUGAUGUGGUGGUGAUGUGGUGAUGAUGUGGUCAUGUGGUGGUGAUGUGGUGGUGAUGUGGUGAUGAUGUGGUGGUGAUGUGGUCAUGUGGUGGUGAUGUGGUGGUGAUGUGGUGAUGUGGUGGUGAUGUGGUGGUGAUGUGGUGGUGAUGUGGUCAUGUGGUUAGGUUAGGUUAGGUUCGUGUUUGAGAUUGGUGACCUGAAUGUGAUUUACGUAAUGGUGGUGAGGGUGUGGUGUUGUAUUGGUGGUGUUGUAUUGGUGGUGUUGGUGGUUUAGGUUGAGUUAAGCCCGUGUUUGUUUGAGAUUUCUGACCGUGAUGUAACCUACGUGAUGGUGGUAGAGAGGGUGUGGUGGUGAGGGUCUGGUGUUGUGGUGGUGAUGUGUGUGUGUGUGUGUGUGUGUGUUAGGUUGUUUCAAUAGUGCUGCCUAACCUGAUGAUGAUGAUGAUGGUGGUGAUAAUGCUAGUGGUGGUGGAUGCAAUAAUAAUGAUGGUGAUGAUGGUGAUGAUGGUGAUGAAGUGAUUAAUCAGUCUAACCUAACCUAUUGAUGAUGAUGAUGAUGAUGAUGAUGAUGACGAUGAUGAAUAUAUAAUCUGACCUUAUCUUAUAUAGCAAUAACUUAAUUUAAUCUUACCUAACCUAACCUAACCUUAUUUAAUCUAUCCUAACCUAAUCUUACCUAACCUAA